AUGAGGUAUCGCCAACUUAACACGCAACUCUCCAGUCAUGUAACGGUAUUGCAAGAAGACCUGAAGAAGGAAAGGACGACAAACUCGCAGUUGUUAGAGGAGCUAAAUGCAUGUCGUACUGAGCUAGAUUCGCAAUUCACGAAAAUAGAAAACUUAACUGAGAAUUUGGAUACUGCUCGAUCAGCAAAUUCAGAGCAGUUAAAAUCACUAACUCGUUUGAGGGAAGAAUUGGGUUUAGUGCAAGAAGAGGAAAAUCGAGCCAAAUUUGAGUGUGAAAGUUUGCGACAAAAAGACACGUUGCGAUCAAGACAGCUGAGUGACUUCGCGGAGAAAAUAAAGGUUAUAGAAUACGGGAUCGCUUUGUGUAAUGAAAGAAGCAGUAAACUGGAAGCGGAAAAUAUUGAGCUGAAGGAACAACUGGAAAUGUACGAAAUGGUGUUUAUGCAGAAAACGAGGUUGGAGAAGAGUAAAUUGUCGCAAUCAUUAGGACCUGAAGCUGCACCUUCCAAAAAAGUUGAAACCUCACCACAGAUACUACCUUUAUUCUCUACCAGCUUGGACGAGCCAUCGAUGAUGGAGACGAGAAGUCUGCUUGGACCAUCAGAUGCUACUGAGGUACCAGCGCCAUCCCCACUGGACGACAAAGACUUUCUGAAAAGGAUUGUUCCAAAGCGCGAUGUAGCAACAUCGAUUUCGGAUCUGGCCAUCAUAUCGUCUAUUCAAACGACAUCAUCGCAAUCAAAUCUGACUACUGCAGUCACAGGAAGUGAUCUGAGCUUGGCUGCUAGUUCCACUAUAAGUAAUGGUCGACAUUCUCUGGCCCAAUCAGAUUUUUCAAGGCUAUCAGCUCUAUCGUUAGGCUCGAGAAGACGGGACGAAGCAGCGAUCACUGAUCGAUCCAGACUCAAGGAAUUGCAAAGAAGGAAUGAGUAA